AUGGAGAAUCCAAAGAAUGUGACUGAAUUUAUUCUUCUGAACAUCACAAGGAUUCCAGAAUUGAGGACAUUCUUCUCUGCUUUGUUUCUUAUCAUAUAUGUGGUCACACUAUUGGGAAACCUACUGAUUGUGGUAACUAUUAUUGUGAGUCCAAAUCUGAGGUCCCCGAUGUACUUUUUCCUCAUUUCCUUGUCCCUUGUGGAUGUCAUCUACUCUUCAGUUACUGCUCCCAAGUUGAUUGUGGACUCUCUGUCUGACAACACUACCAUCUCCCUGGAAGGCUGCAUGGCCCAGCUCUUUGCUGAGCACUUCUUUGGUAGGGUAGAGAUCAUCCUUCUCAUUGUGAUGGCCUAUGACCGCUAUGUGGCCAUCUGUAAACCUCUGCAUUACAUGACCAUUGUUAGUCCUCGAGUGUGCUGCCUGAUGGUGGGAGGAGCCUGGGUUGGAGGAUUUAUUCACGCAACCAUUCAGCUUGUCUUCCUGUAUCAAAUACUUUUCUGUGGCCCCUAUAUCAUUGAUCAUGUCAUCUGUGACUUGAUUCCAUUGUUGCAACUAGGCUGCAUGGACACCCAUAUCCUGGGUCUCUUAGUCAUUAUCAAUAGUGGGGUGAUGUGUAUGACCAUUUUCAUUAUUCUCAUCUCUUCCUACGUGGUCAUCCUGUUUUCCCUGAAGUCUUGCAGCUCUGAAGGAAGGCACAAAGCCCUCUCC